CGGCCGGGAACGGCGCGGACCGGGAGGCUGCGGCGGCGGCGUCUCGCGCGGGCGCGCACGGCUGCCCAGCGAGCCCCGGCGAAAGGCGGCUGACCGGCCGGCGGAACUGGCACCUGGUGAGCUAGCUGCAGGGACAGAUUAAAGGAUUCACCUGAAGACACAGCAUUCUAUUCAUCAGACACUGGACAAGAGUUACUCUUGCUUUUGGCAAUUAAAGAUGAUGUUGUCAUGGAAACAGUUGAUCCUGCUUUCAUUCAUUGGCUGCCUAGGAGGUGAGCUGCUCUUACAAGGCCCAGUGUUUAUCAAAGAACCCAGCAACAGCAUUUUUCCGGUUGGUUCAGAGGAUAAAAAAAUAACUUUAAAUUGUGAAGCACGAGGCAACCCUUCACCUCAUUACAGAUGGCAGCUGAAUGGAAGCGAUAUUAAUCUGAGCAUGGAGUAUCGUUAUAAGUUGAACGGAGGAAAUCUUGUGGUUAUUAACCCCAACAGAAAUUGGGAUACAGGAAGUUAUCAAUGUUUUGCAACAAAUUCAGUUGGAACAAUUGUCAGCAGAGAAGCUAAACUCCAGUUUGCCUAUCUGGAAAAUUUUAAAACCAAAAUGAGAAGUACAGUGUCAGUGCGUGAAGGACAGGGAGUUGUCCUGCUCUGUGGCCUCCCGCCACACUCUGGAGAACUAUCAUAUGCUUGGAUCUUCAAUGAAUAUCCAUCAUUUGUCGAAGAAGAUAGUCGGAGAUUUGUCUCUCAAGAGACAGGCCACCUCUACAUAGCCAAGGUGGAACCACUGGAUGUGGGAAAUUACACGUGUGUGGUGACUAGUAUGGUGACAAACGCCAGAGUGCUGGGUUCUCCAACUCCUUUGGUGCUACGUUCUGAUGGAGUGAUGGGUGAAUAUGAACCGAAAAUAGAAGUUCAGUUUCCAGAAACUCUUCCAGCAGCUAAGGGUUCAACUGUGAAGUUGGAAUGUUUUGCCCUUGGAAAUCCUGUACCUCAGAUUAAUUGGAGAAGAAGUGACGGACUGCCUUUUUCCACUAAAAUUAAAUUGAGGAAGUCCAAUGGUGUGCUUGAAAUCCCCAACUUCCAACAGGAAGAUGCAGGUUCCUAUGAAUGCAUUGCUGAGAAUUCACGAGGAAGAAAUGUCGCCAGGGGGCGUCUCACUUACUAUGCAAAGCCUCAUUGGGUUCAACUCAUAAAAGAUGUGGAAAUAGCUGUGGAGGACAGUCUUUACUGGGAAUGUCGAGCGAGUGGUAAGCCCAAACCCUCCUACCGAUGGUUGAAAAAUGGAGAAGCCCUUGUGCUCGAGGGGAGAACACAGAUAGAAAAUGGUGCCCUUACAAUAUCCAACCUAAAUGUGACCGAUUCUGGCAUGUUCCAGUGCAUAGCAGAGAACAAACAUGGUCUCGUCUAUUCCAGUGCUGAGCUCAAGGUUGUGGCUUCUGCUCCAGAUUUUUCAAAGACUCCGAUGAAAAAGUUGAUUCAGGUGCAGGUGGGCAGUGAGGUCAGCUUGGACUGUAAACCCAGAGCUUCCCCCAGGGCGCUCUCUUCCUGGAAGAAAGGAGAUGUGCCUGUACAGGAGACUGAAAGAAUUUCUUUUUUGAAAGAUGGAGGACUCAAAAUUGCCAAUGUGACUAAAGCUGAUGCUGGAAUUUAUACAUGCACAGCAGAAAACCAGUUUGGGAAAGCAAAUGGCACAACACACUUGGUUGUUACAGAACCAACAAGAAUAACUUUGGCACCAUCCAACAUGGAUGUCUCAGUGGGCGAAAGUGUCAUUUUGCCCUGCCAGGUGCAACACGACCCCCUAUUAGACAUCAUGUUUACCUGGUAUUUCAAUGGGGCCCUCACAGAUUUUAAGAAAGAUGGAUCUCACUUUGAGAAAGUCGGUGGGAGUUCGUCAGGCGAUUUAAUGAUCAGAAACAUUCAGUUGAAACACAGUGGGAAAUAUGUUUGUAUGGUGCAGACAGGGGUGGACAGUGUUUCAUCUGCCGCUGACCUCAUAGUAAGAGGUUCACCUGGACCACCAGAAGACGUAAAGGUAGAUGAAAUUACAGAUACAACAGCCCAACUCUCUUGGAAAGAAGGUACAGACAACCACAGCCCAGUUAUAUCCUAUUCUGUCCAGGCACGGACCCCUUUCUCCGUGGGUUGGCAGACGGCCACAACAGUGCCUGAGGUCAUUGAUGGGAAAACACACACAGCUACGGUAGUCGAGUUAAAUCCAUGGGUGGAAUACGAAUUUCGGGUUGUAGCCAAUAACAAAAUCGGAGGUGGAGAACCCAGUUUACCCUCAGAAAAAGUAAGAACUGAGGAGGCAGUGCCGGAAGUGCCUCCUUCAGAUGCCAGUGGAGGAGGUGGGAGCCGGUCUGAACUGGUGAUCACCUGGGAUCCAGUCCCUGAAGAACUACAGAAUGGUGAAGGUUUUGGAUAUGUUGUUGCUUUCCGCCCUGUUGGAGUAAGCAACUGGAUCCAGACAGUGGUCACAUCUCCUGAUACCCCAAGAUAUGUCUUUAGAAAUGAAAGCAUCCUGCCAUUUUCACUGUAUGAAGUUAAAGUGGGUGUUUAUAAUAACAAAGGUGAAGGACCAUUUAGCCCAGUGACAACAGUGUUCUCUGCAGAAGAAGAGCCUACAGUAGCUCCAUCUCAAGUUUGUGCAAAUAGCUUGUCUUCCUCAGAAAUUGAAGUUUCUUGGAACGCUGUUCCUUGGAAGUUGAGCAAUGGACACUUACUCGGCUAUGAGGUGCAGUAUUGGAAUAAUGGAGAAGAGGGAUCAUCGAGCAAACUGAAAGUGGCAGGAAAUGUGACAUCGGCCAGACUCCAUGGCUUGAAGAGCAACUUGGAAUAUUACACGGCUGUCCGGGCUUUCAACAGCGCUGGUACCGGUCCCUUUAGUGCCACAGUUAAUGCAACCACCAAGAAAACUCCUCCCAGUCAGCCACCAGGAAAUGUUGUUUGGAAUGCUACAGACACGAAAGUGUUACUUAAUUGGGAGCAAGUGAAAGCCAUGGAGAAUGAAUCAGAAGUAACCGGGUACAAAGUUUUCUAUAGGACUAGCAGCCAAAAUAAUGUGCAAGUGCUAAACACAAACAAAACUUCAGCCGAACUUCUGCUGCCCAUUAAGGAGGACUACAUUAUUGAAGUUAAGGCCACAACGGAUGGCGGGGAUGGGACCAGUAGCGAACAGAUCAGGAUUCCAAGAAUAACCAAUACGGAUGCAAGAGGUUGUACAUCAGCCAUCUCCAAUGCCCACCCUGUGUCAAGUUAUAUCUCUACAGUACUGUUCUUUAUUGUAAACACCCUGUGGUGAUAGUCACUUUUUUAUUAUUAUUAUUUAUCGGAAAGUUCAUUGGUUACAAAAA